AUGGCGAGUCCCGCUCCCAACCUCUACAGUUUCUCCGACAAUGACGCCCUGGCCCAACAAUUACGGCCCUACGUCCUUCGGUGCCAGAACACGGCCCUGACUCGACACACCAGCUUCCGCGUCGCCGUCUCAGGCGGAUCUCUCCCGACCGUUCUGGCGAAAGCCCUCCUGGCUCCCGGGGACGGAACCCCCGAGGACACACCGCAGUUCGACAAGUGGGACGUCUUUUUCGCGGACGAGCGCGCCGUACCCCUCGACCACGAAGACAGCAACUACCGCCUCUUGAAGGACGAACUGGUGGACAAGAUCCCCUCGCAGCUGGGCAAGCCGCGCGUGCACGCCAUCGACGCCAACCACGUCAACGACGACGACCCGCAGGAGCUGGCCGACCUGUACCAGGAGGAGCUGAUGCACAUCUUCGCCGCCAAGGACAGCGUCAAGCUGCCUGUUUUCGACCUCAUCCUGCUGGGCUGCGGCCCCGACGGUCACACCUGCAGUUUGUUCCCUGGCCAUGAGCUUCUGCGCGAAAAGGACGCUUGGGUCGCUGCUGAGUCCAACUCCCCUAAGCCCCCGCCUAAGCGCAUCACCUUGACUUUGCCGGUUGUUACCCACGCCAUCCAAAUCGCUUUCGUCGCUACCGGUGCCGGGAAGAAGGAGAUCAUGAAGCAGAUCUUUGACGCUGGGGAGGAUGGAAACUUGCCCGCUGCCCUGGUGAACCAGGGGGCAGGGGACAAGGUCAGCUGGUUUACCGAUCACGCAGCUGUGGACGGGUGGCUGACAACUCCCCGAAAGCCCUCCACUGUAGGACGCACCACGACAGCCACGGCCACUUCGACAGCAGCAGUUAGCAAAGAAAAUGCCCCCAACCGCCCGAAUAAGAGCCUCCUCCCUGUUCGCGAUGAAGUACGUCCCUCGGGCAUCGCGCGGCCACAGAAGCUGGAAGCGAGCCGGCCUGUCCAGCGAAGUAUCAAGCCCCCCAGCAAGAGCUCGGUGUCUCUCCCACAGCGACAAGAUUCGCGACCCCAGUCUUCGUCGUCGGAAUCCACCACCACCACCACCACCACCACCACCACGGCAGCGCCGGUCGCUCGCCGCCAGAGCCUAGUCCGUCCGAGUCCGCUGAAGAGCAUCAGACCGCUACAGCCACCGCCAGCUAAUUCGGCGACGACCCCCAGACGGACGACCCCCGCAGUCGGCCCCCCGUCGCCCUCCAAACAAAAUGCCCGCCCUAUCUCCCCGCGGAAGCCUUCCUCCAAGAACGACAUGCUUCCUCCUCCGCGCCCGACACGGUCGGCGUCCCUCCGGCAACCGGCGAGCUCGAGCGCGGGCGCUGGCGCUCCGACCGCAGCACGGAGCCACGUCCGACACCGCAGUCAGGUGCUAGCACCGACCUCGACCCAGACCGCUCGGAAACUGGAGCCCCCAUCCCCAACGACAGCAGCGCCCCGUUCGCGGACGCAGUUUUCGACCUAUCAACAGCAUUUCUCGCCCAAGAAGGCCACCCGACCCCCGCCUGCCGCAGCCCCACCCCCACCGUCAGCCUCGGGCCCUGCUCUCGAUCCCUCGCUGAUUCUUCCGUCGUCUGCGCCGGAGCUGGCAGCGCUCCAAACAGAGUUGCUCCAGCUGAACCUUCUCCACCUGUGCUCAACGCGCCAGGACGCAGAGUGGAAAGCCGACGCAGAGACGCACCUCCGGAGCAAAUACGACGCGGUCGCAAAGAGCUAUCGAGUAAUCGUGGGACAAGAGAAGGACCACCAGCGGCAGAUCAACGGGCAAGCCCUCCAGCACUGGGUGCAAAACUGCCAGGAACACAACGGGCACCAAGGGUUCGCAGAGCAGAUCCAGGUGCUGUCGCAGGUUGCGCAGGAAGUGUGUGAUCUGACGGAGAGUCCGGGCAGCCGAUACCCGCGCAUUGUGCAGGACUUCGAAGAGUGGUUUCUACAAGCGGAGGAGAUCCAGGACUACCGGGCCCACCCGCCGCCGCCUGGCGAUCCUGCUCCGGCGGCAGUAUUCAUCGACCCGCUGGACGGCGCAUGGAAGGAGUCCGCCCACGCGCUGGGGUUGAAGCUGGAGCACUGCCUGCGACAACUACAGAGUCUCGAUAUCCUCGGCUACGGGGCGAUAGAGGAGCAGCUGGAGCAGUCUGCGCUGGUGCGGACAGCCCGGCGGCUGGACGAGAUGAUCGCGAUGAUGGUGGAGGAGCUCACGGUGAUUCGUCGUAUUGAAAGCGACGUCGUCAAAUCGGAGCGUCGGUGGGUGAGCGAGCUGGCGCAACAGCUGACUGCUGCGCCGACACCACCGACCGAACGAGGGCCGAGAUGCGGGGUGUGGAGUCGGGCGUAUUGA